AUGGAUCAGCCGCAGUCCGAGAGCGUUGCGCCAGACUCUCGGACUUCCCGUUCAGACAAUCAAUCUGGAUCGACAUCCGACGCUCCGCUAGAUAGACCCACGUUCACUUUCAUAGAUCAUGACGAUGACUUGACGUCCAAACGAAUCAAGGAUGCCAAUGCCCGCAAAGCCAUCCGCUCUCAUGUGAUGCGAGAUGUGCGCCGCCGAGAAAGACUAGCCGGGUUGAAAAGAACAGCAAGGCGCGAUAGCAGCAAUCAAGGCGCUCCGGCGAAAUCGCGCACCGGCAAAGACAGUUCUCCAACGGAAAAGACUCUAGUUCUAAGAUCAGCGUCGCCGUCAUCAAGCUCUUUAACAUCAUCCAGCGUUGAGGUCCAGAGCAAGCGUCGUGGAUCUUCUACGACGCGGCGAGAUCGAUCUACCAAACGGGCUGCUAGCCAUGCAGACUCACUCCAGACGACCUCCGGUCCUCGAGCACUGCCCAGCUCAUGGUCAAUCGCACCGUUCUGCACAACUCCUGGAACGAGCAAGUUGACUUACAAGGUUGCUUACCUGGUCCAUCAUUUCACAUCUGUCCUGGUGCCAACAAGUUUUCCUACGGCGGCAAUGGCAAAGAGAGCUCUGAUUCGAUCCUCUUUCUCGGACUCGGGCAGUUUCUACGGUCUCAUGUGCAUGAGCGCUGCCCACCGGGCGGUCCUGUCAUCAGCUCACUUGGGAGGCAUGGACGUGGCUCGCUCGAAUUUCAUUGCCAACGAUCCUGAUUAUUGCUCCAUGAGGGCAAAAUGCAUCCACGAGAUGAAUUUGAAAAUCAGCGAUCCCAAAAAAGCAUUGACGGAUGAAGCGUUUGACACUAUCAUUAACUUGCUCAAUGGCGCGCUCAUCGGUGGAUUUUACGACGAGUCCCGGAUUCACCUCAUGGGGAUGAAACGGAUGGUAGACCUGCGAGGAGGGAUCACACACGAAAAGAUGCGGGCAACUUCCAUGUGGGCGGCCAUUGUCGUCACCGACGUGAAGGCUGCGUCCGAAGUUCAACGCCGAAUCCAGCCUCUUAUAUCAUCGAUCACCCAUCAAACGGGGUCUGGGUUCUUCUCCAACCUGGCGCUCAGUCUCCCACUAAUUCGUAUCCUUUACAUGGUCCGAGACCUCGUUUUCUACAACCUGGCCGCACACAUCAAUCUUGGCGCUCUCAUGCCGUCUGAUCAUCAAUUCUUCAGUUCACUCAAUCACUCUGUGGAACAUCAACUGCUCGCUUAUAUCUACCCUGACGACCCUGAAAAUCCAAAUCCCCAUUCGCAACCCAUAGACUUACAUCCCAUUGAAGCUCUCACGCGAGUGGCCACCAUCACCUUUCUCAACAAAUUCCUCAUCAUCGCUCCGCCCUCUUGCGGUCUUGGCCGCGCUCUCACACGCCACUGUGUCAACGCGGUCAACGACUGCCCAUUCUCCCUCCUGCACACCAUGCCCAAAGGAAACUACGGACUCUUUGCCUGGGCUCUCUUCACGGCCUCCCAGAACUUGACCGGGUACCCUGAACGACAGUGGUUUGUGCAGCGGCUGGCCCGCGUCGCCAAGAUCUGCGACUGGCAUCACUGGGACCAGGUCUCCAGAAUCAUGUCCGAUUACUUUUAUGUCGGCCACCUUCAUGGCGAAGAGUGGAGGACAAUCUGGGACGAGGUGGCUGCCGAGGUAGUGGUACCGGAUGAGGACACAUAG